AUGAAAUCGCCAUCAGCAGCAACCACACUCGCCCUACUCGCUGCCUCAACCGCCCUAUCCGCCACAAUCCCCGCUCCCCCAUCUAUCGACUACACACUCUUCAAGCGCACCCUACUCGCCUCGCCCGCCCGCCUCGUCAAUGGGAGCUACGACUACAUCAUUGUCGGCGGUGGGCUUUCAGGCUUAGUGCUUGCCAACCGACUUUCCUCAAACGCAUCAAUCUCAGUUGCUGUUAUCGAAGCUGGCUCCUCCGGCUACUCUACAAAUCACAAAUUGGUUGUACCUUCUGCAAACCUGUACGAUUCCUCAGUCGGCACGGAAUACGACUGGCAAUUUAUAACCAGUCCUCAAGCCGGCUUGUCUGGUCGCAGUACUCCCUGGCCUCGCGGCAAAGUUCUCGGUGGCAGCAGUGCGAUUAAUGGGCUUUAUUAUGUUCGGCACAGUGAGGUAGAGCAGGAUGUUUGGGCUGCCUUGAUAGGGGAUACCCAGGGAGAGAGGUGGCGGUGGGCAAGUAUGUUGGAGGCUAUGAAGAAAAGUGAGGUUUUUACACCCCCCAAUCAAGCGACUAUUAGGGCUACAGGUGUUGAAUGGGUUCAAGAUAGUCAUGGUAUUCAUGGACCUGUGCAUGUGUCUUUUCCUCAGCGAACCUAUCCGCAAGUUUCUGCGUUUUUGCAUAGUGCAGAGAACGUUGGCAUUGAAAGCAAUGCUAACCCUUAUGCUGGUCAAAGCUGGGGAUCUUUUCUGGCUACCAGUAAUAUCAAUCCGAUCAACUCUACCCGAAGCUUUUCCAGAACUGCCUACUUAGAUCCAGUGGUGGAAAGGAGUAAUCUCGAUGUAUUGACAGGCCAUCUCGUUACCAAACUUAUUUUCAACAGUACAAGCCAGGGUGAUGCUGUUGCAUCCGGUGUUCAGUUUGCUGCCAACCCUGAAGCAGCUCAACAAACCGUCUAUGCGAGGAAGGAGGUCAUUCUUGCCGGUGGAGCAGUAAACGAUCCUCAAAUCCUCCAACUCUCUGGUAUCGCAGAUGCCUCUCUUCUCUCCAACCUCGGUAUCCCACUAGUCGUCGAUCUUCCCGGAGUAGGCUACCACUUACAGGACCACCUCUCUACCGGAGUUGUAUUUUCUCCUUCUGCCGGAUCAGAAAUGCCGCCUACCAAACUCACUGGAGAUGCAAUUACCGAUUCAUACGUCAACAGUGCUAUAGCUUACGUUCCACCAUCCACUCUCUUUAAUCAAUCCGAAUGGAAGAGCAUCAUCGACCAAAUCAGAUCUCUUAGAGAGGAGAGCAUCCAAGCUUACCAUGCACCAUCGGUUGUCAAAGCAGGCUACAAGGCUACCUACACUGCCCAAGUUGAACAAUUCUUCCCCAAGCACAUAGGUCCGAUUGAGCUUCUCUUCGCACUCUCCUUCGGCACAAUGCAAGUACAAGCUGCUCUUCAACAUCCUCUCUCUCGCGGUUCUAUUAUUAUCAAUUCCACCAACCCCUUCGCACCGCCUAUAAUCGAUCCUGCAUAUCUUAGCAACCCUGCUGAUAUGACAAUUCUUCGACAAGGUUUCAAACUCGCUCGUCGUCUAGCUACAACACCUCCGCUUUCCAAUUUCACCUCCUCCGAAACCACACCGGGAACAGAUGUCAGUUCAGACGAACAGUGGGAAAAAUGGAUCAGAAGUGCUGUCAGUACCGAGUUCCACCCAUCUUCGACAUGUUCCAUGUUACCAAGGGAUCAAGGAGGAGUUGUUGAUAGCAAUCUUCGUGUAUAUGGAACGAGGAAUGUUAGGGUUAUAGAUGCAAGUGUUCCUCCGCUUAGUUUUAGUGCACACUUGAUGAGUGUUACUUAUGGAUUGGCUGAAUUGGGAGCAGAGUUAGUCUUGCACGAUUAUAUGAAAGGUAUGCAAGGGUUCGAGCGGAAUACUAGUGCUAUUCAUGGUGGUGGUGAUGGUGGUGGUGAUGGUGGUAGCAGUGUCCGUGGUGGAGAGGUAGGUGCGGGUACUACGUUGAAUGGUAGGGCGGUAUGCAUAGCGACAAUGGCGAGUGUUGUCUUGUCGCUGCUUUUGGGUUCGGCUAGCUUGAUGUUAUGA